GAUCCCACGUCCCACCCAUUUUUGGCGCAUGCGUGACCUACUUGUUUUGUAUAGAGCAUAGGGCAGCCGUCUGCUUCCUUCGAAGAAUCAAGAACUGCAGCUCACGACCAAGAUUCUUCAACAGCAAAACUGAACAUCCGAAUUUGUGCAUUUGUGAAUUUUGCUGAAGGGUCGCGAUGAAUACUGCUGUACAGCUUUACGGCGGCGAGCUUUCAUUGGUCACAACCCCGAUACCAAAAGUCAAGGAGCCAUAUGACGUCGUAAUUCAAGUGAAAUGUUGUGGGGUUUGUGGUACAGACCUUCAUAUUAUCAAAGGAGAGUUUCCAGCAGCUAGCAAGCUUAUCCUUGGUCAUGAAUUUGCUGGAAUUGUAAGUGAAGUUGGAAGUGCAGUUUCACAUGUCAACAUUGGUGAUAGGGUGUGUAUCAAUCCAUACAACUGGUGUGGCACCUGUUACUAUUGCACUAGAGGACAACCUCAGUUUUGUAUUACAGAGGCAAUGCGAACUGCUUAUGGGUAUCAGAAGAAUGGGGGCAUGCAAAAAUACUGCGUGGUUCCUGCGCAGCUUGUUCAUCCAGUACCUUCCACAAUGUCAUUGAAGCAGGCAGUAUUUUGCCAGCCCCUUUCAACAAUCGUGAGAGGCUGGGACAACAUGGGGCAUGUCGAAUCUGAUUCAAAAGUUCUAAUUGCAGGAGCAGGCAUCAUUGGACUUCUUUGGGCAUCCCUUUUUCAUUUUCAUGGCUAUCGAGAUGUUACCAUUAGUGAAAUUUCUGAGCACCGGAAAGAAAUGGCUUCAAGAAUGAACCUUGGGUACGAGUGUGUUCACCCAAAAGAGUUGUCUCGCAGGGCUGCUGAGGCUGAGAAGGACGAAACAUACGGAUUCGAUGUCAUCAUAGACUGUACUGGUUUCCCUGCAGCUGUCGAGGAAGAGCUACGGUGGCUUAGAAAAGGUGCCACCAUUGUUUUAUUUGGAGUCUGCCCCAAGGGGAAAAUUGUCAAUUUCGAACCGUUUAACGUUUAUGCCAAAGAGAUCAAAGUUGUGACGUCAUACCUGAACAAAUUUACGUUUCCUCGCACCAUAAAACUUGUACAUGACAUGUCGGAAAGAUAUCUUGACUGGAAUGUGCUUGACGUGAAAGCCUUUCAGUUGCAGGACUACGAGGCUGCCUUUGCUGCUUUGAGAAAGGGAGAGAUAUCAAAAGCAGUAUUUGAGUUCUAAACGGCUGAUUAGCAAAAUGGCUGUACUUGACUUGCUGUGAAGGAUUGUAAAAAUUUUGACUGUUAUGAAGAAAUGUAUUAAAGGAAGGGAGUGAAGGGAAAAGACAGUUUCAAUGCAUUUAGUACCCUAAUAUGAUAAAAAUAUUUUAGUUUGCGAAAUAGUCUUACUUAUCGAUUUGCUGAAAAGUCAAAAGAACGAUCGCGAAUUGCUGGAUACCCAUCUGGCAUACAAUGUCCGGUUUUAUAAAUUAGAUACACGUUUUUGGUAUAUAGAACAGGGCGGUUCUAAGCUUCUACUCCGAGUUUCACACGUAAUUCGAUGAUCAUGCAACUGUUUGAAGUUAACAUUGAGCGUGAAACUCAGAGUAGCAACUUAGAACCGUAGUUCUUCAAAUAAAGGUUAACCGCUUCAUUGCCCACCAAAAUUACAAUAUUCCUUGCUUAUUUUCAAUUUCUACCCAUCUUGUAGCAAACUUCCAAACAUAAACGGAGACCUCCCUAGCAAGUGUGAAUGUCCAAUAAUUUCCUUUGUAGAAACUGAGAUAAAGAAAUAUCUACCAAAAGUUGAAUUAAUUAUUCGAACAAAUUAAUUAAUUUUGCUCAAUUUUUUUUGAAAGUAUGCAUCCUUUUAUCAUAAGAAAACGUCUCGAUUAUCGUACUACCCUUCUGCAGCACCAUGAGUGAUUCAGUUCGCUGGAAAAUGCAGUCUUGAAGCAAUUUUCCAUAUACAAAAUAAUUGGAUGGGUUUUCUUCAGAUCGGGACUAACUCCCUUACAUUGUUUGAUUGGGACAAAGUUUUGAUAUCAGGUCUGACCGUAAUGGCUAGGAGUUGUGAACAAUAAGGAGUCUUAUAUCUGAAUUUCCAUCACGUCUUGGCCCAACAUUACUAAGGAAAAAACAAAACACAUUGACUUAAGUGCCGAAUUUUUUUCUAGCCAAAAACCCCACAAAUGAGGUCAUGACCUUUGUACAGUAGCUGUUUGUGGUUCCUGAGUGAAGAUUUUUAAAUCAAUUUCAAUGUUUUCGUUGACCAUUUCAUCGUUAUCUUCAAUUUUUUCACUUUAUCUGUUAGCAGAUCGAGCAAUUUCAGCCUGCUGCAAAGAUUUGUAUUGGCCCUAUCCUAUAACAUCUUGUUUAUUUUCCCAAUAUAAUUAAAAAGAUCUCGAAUAACGUCCAAGUUUCCGAUGUUCUCUCAUAACAAGGUGUCAUUCUGAAAACUGUACGUAAUUAUUUUUUUGAUCAUAUCUCUCCUGCCUUGUCGAGACAAUGUUAUUCGGUAACGUCAAUAAAUUUUUGUAGAAGAAAACCUCCAACACCAUGCAAA